UGUUUACCUAUCGCACAAUAAUCUUGUUGUUUGAAUUACGUUAUUAUUAUUAAAUAAUUGACCACCGCUAUUAUACCAAUAUAGAACAUGUAUUAUUUUACCGAUUUAAAAGAUAGAUAAAAUAAAAAUAAAAUUAUGUUCGUCAGGAACACAGUAAUGUUCCGGUACCCCAAGGAUUCGUAGAUUCACAGAUAUUGUGGUAUUUUCAAUUGCCUUAAAAUACUUGUUUACCAUAAAAAAUAAAUUAUGUUUUAACCGCUACAACAGAAACAUUUGCGUAUGAACCAUCAGUUUACAAUUACCAUAUGCGAGAGAAAAUUUAAAUUAAAUCCAGUAAAAGAAAAUGAUUUUUCCGAAGUUAAAUUUAAAUAAAAUCAGUGGUGCUCAGUUGUUUAUAAUCGGAAUAGUCGGGGCAUUAAUAACAGUAUCGAGUGGAUUGCUGGGUUUCAAGUUUAUACCAGAUUACAUCUAUAAAAAAAUAUGGGAAACGAAAAUCUUAAAAGAAAAUACGAUGGCCUGGGACACUUUUUUGAAAACUCCACUGCCUUUUGAGUUUAGAGUUUUUUUGUUUAAUAUUUCGAACCCUGAUGAUGUUAUGAAUGGAAUGAAACCAGUAGUAAAGGAAACAGGACCGUAUGUUUACAAACUGAACAGAUGGAAAGAAGCAGUCUCCUGGAAUUACGACACAAAAGAAAUAUCUUAUUACGAAUAUGAAUUUUACGAAUUUGAUCAAAACAGGUCUGGCAGCUUCAGGGAAAGUGACGUAGUUACAGUACUGAAUUUACCUUAUAACAGUUUGUUGUCCUUAGCACAGUCGAUUUCUGAGGAUUUCCUUCCCGUUUUGGAUACAAGCUUGCCUAACAUAUUUGGAGUUAACGAUGGCCUUUUUUUGACAACGUCGGUCAAAAACUUUUUAUUUGACGGCAUCCGAUUUUGUAGGAACGCGUCUCAAAGCGACGAUUUCACAACGAGAGCAGUUUGUGGACAAGUCAAACGACAAACGAGUCAAGCGAAACAGAUGAAAAUUGACGGAGAAGAUGUACUUUAUGCGACAUUGGAUUAUAGAAACAAUACACAUCAGGGUUAUUUUACCGUAAAAUCCGGACAAGAAAAUAAGCACGAAGCGGCAACACUGGUUCGAUUUGAAAAUGUGACGUAUUUGUCGGUUUGGGAUGGUGGAAAUUCGACAUGCAAUAAAAUUCGCGGGGUUACAGCAGUAUUUCCAGCUAAUAUAGAGAAAAAUAUGACAUUUGACACAUUUUCCGAAGAUAUUUGUAGAGCUAUAAAACUGAAUUAUUCUGGUAUACAGUACAUCAAAAACGUAGAAGGUUACAAAUUUGGUUCGGUAGAUGCCUUCAGGCGGUCUGAUGCAAAUCAAUGUUUUUGUUUGAAUAAGACGAUGGAUUUAGAUGGCGAGUAUAGAUGUUUUGAUGGAUUUUUAGAUUUAACAUCCUGUCAAGGAGCUCCCGCAUUAGUGUCGUUUCCACAUUUUUUAUACGCCGACGAGAAAUAUAUACAGGGUGUCCGUGGGAUUAAGCCCAACAAGACAUUGCACGAAACCUACAUCGUUUUGGAACCGAUGAGCGGAAUUCCACUGGCUUUAGCGAAAAGAGUACAGUUUAACAUGUUUAUAAGGCCUCUAGAAGGCAUAUCAAGGCUAGAAAAUGUCACUCCUGCUCUGGUUCCAAUUUUCUGGAUAGAAGAAUCAAUGACACUCAGCGGAUCCUACUUCGAUCUACUGAAGUAUACUCUGUUAAGAAGUUUUUUUAUAUUAAAAAUUGUACGUUGGAUUUUGUUAGCUAUAGGAUUAAGUAUUGUCCUCUUUUCAGUUUUUCUAUUUCUCAAUUUUAAAUAGGUUUUAUUUCUGUGAUAUAUUUUUUUCGACGGAUUUUGUGUUGUUGUAUUUUAGUAUUUUAGGCUAAAAAUAUUAAAUUAUAUAAAGGGUGUUUCUUAAAUAAGUUCAAAUAUAUUUAGGGGUGGUAUAUUGUGACCCCAGGAGCAUGUCUAUGGUUUUUUUUUCACAAAAAAAUGAAAAUUUGGUAUUUUUUGAAAAAAAUUUUGGAUAUUUUUUUAAUUUAAAACAUUUUUUGGUAGUACCCAGAUUAAAUUUCAGUGAUUCUCAAAAUGUUUGUAAUUAUUUUUUUUGAAAUUUUCAAAGUAAAAUAACUCAACUAUUUGAAAAGCG